CAGCAAGUGCCGGUGCUUCUUCUUCUACUUGUAUUUAAGUUUACAGUUCAGGGUGUCCCCCGCCGACUCCCCAACAACAAAUGCAGCACGUCCCUCGUGAGGAACAGAGCUUCAGAAAAUGGAUGGACGGACAGAAAGACAAACUUCAAUGUACCUAAUUCCUUUCAAACAUAGUACGAUUCCUCGCCGAAUAUUGAACGUUUUCUGGGCGGCGUAUCUUGGCAAAAAAUUGGAGCACUGUGAAAUGAUCAGUGCCAGCAGAUUAAUUAAAAAAAAUCCAAGUAUUGUAUCAAAAUACAAAAUGUUUCAAAUGUAUGCAGGUCCUUUGCAGUGAUCAAGGAAUGAGACAAAAUUAGUCCUAACCAAGUCGGAGAAAGGCCACAGCCAAGCAAGGACAUCUGGAAGGACAAAGCUUGGGCGUCUUGGAAACUCUUUAGUGCCCCCCGAGCACGUUAAUGAGCUGCCGUCUGGUUCCCGGCGCCAAUCAAGCAUUUAAUUAGGGCUGCAAGUGCUCACUUGGAGGCAGCACACACCAAACUGGAUCAAAAGGCUCAUUGGUGUGCGUCAGCGGGCCUGUGGGCCACGCCCACCGCUCCCCUUGCGCGGUGGUGGGCCUUUAAAAGGGUCACUGUGCCCAAACUGGAAAACGUCGCUGCGCCAGGCAAAGUCGCUCAAGGUAAGCAAACUGAGCAAGGUGUCCAUGUUGCAGAGCUCUGCCUUUUUGAUGUUUCCCAGACAUGGAGUCCUGUUGCCCCGGAUUCCACCAUGGUGGGUGGAUGACUGACACGGCUAUCCAGGGGGGGGCAAAGACCUCAAAAAGGGCAACUUGUGGAAAUUACGUGUUUGCGGCUUCAAAAUGAGCGGGGCAAUUAUGCUAUGGGGCAAAAAGAUGACGACCGUGUAGAAGUGAUGGUUUUUGGCUUGAACAGGAUUCGUUACUCUGGGCGCAUCUCAAGAAAUCUAGCGAUUCGAGCUUGGACUGGAAUUUGCAAUUUUAUUGCCAUGCACCUUUACUGGACUUGACUUGUUGAUUUGCUGCAUGGGUGUGUUUUGCUUUUGGAGGUGAGGAUGUGUCACUGGCUAAUGUCCCGCUUUGUGUGCGUGCGCACGUUUCAGAUGAAGGGGCACGUGUAUCCCGGAGGCUCCCAGCUGGCCCUCUUGUCCCUGACCCUCCUCCUACCGCCGCCCCCCACCGUCACACCACACCCCCGAUUUGAGCCGCCCUCCGGGGGGUUCCUGCGGCUGCGCUCGGCGUCCUUCGAGCUCUCCUCUUCUUCCGUGGAGCUUCCUUCUUCUUCCAUCUCCGAGGCGUGGCAGGCUUGGCCCGGAGAAGACCCGCAGAUCCAGAGGCGGGCGAGGGAGAACGGCGGCGAGGAACGCGGCAACCCAUCUGGCGAGGCCCUCACCUCCAUCCUGGGCGGGCUCUUGAGCGUCGGCCGAGAGAAAGGCGGCUUUGGCUUUCGCUUUGGCAGGAAUUCCCGGGCCCGAGGCCGCGGACCCUGACGCGGCCCGAGCGGGUCACUAUAUGUGUCAAUACGCCACUAUUAAACGCAUCAAACGUGUCAUGUGAA